UUUCGUUACACCCUGAUAAUGGAGACCUCAGUGGAAGCUGAGUUGUGCUUCCCACUGGUCGUCAACGCUUCCUGCAGCAAGACACAGCGUCCUCACCCGAUCGCCGCCUACAUCCUCCUAUCGGCUAUGUCUCUGAUCACCGUCACUCUGAACCUGCUUGUCAUCAUCUCCAUCUCCCACUUUAAGCAGCUGCACACCCCCACUAACCUCCUGCUGCUUUCUCUUGCCAUCUCCGAUUUGCUGGUGGGUUUCCUCAUGUUGUUUCCGAUUUCUCUCCUUGGAGGUUGUUGGUUCUUCGGUGACUUGAUGUGUGUUUUGUAUUUUGUUGUGGAUCACUCUGUCACAUCCGCCUCAAUAGGAAGCAUGGUGUUCAUAUCAAUCGACCGCUACCUGGCUAUCUGCGACCCUCUGUGUUACACCAUCAAGGUUACAAAAACCAGGGUAGAUAUCUCUGUUCUCUUAUGUUGGUCGGCGUCAUUUGUCUUCAACUCUUUGUUUUCCAUGGAUAAUCUGAAGCAACCGGGCAGGUUCAACACCUGUGUCGGAGAGUGCGUGAAUGUAGUCUCAUACGCCGCAGGAAUGACGGACCUCUUUAUCUCCUUCAUAGGCCCGAUCACUGUCAUUGUUAUUCUGUAUAUUAGAGUGUUUAUGGUGGCUGUUUCUCAUGCACGGGCUAUGCACUCCCGUGUGGGGAGCAUCACGUUGCAGGGUCCAGCCAUCAAAAGUUCUGAGCUGAAAGCAGCCAGGACCCUCGGGUUGUUGGUGGUAGUGUUCAUUGUGUGUAUCAUGCCGUAUUUCUGCGUCGCCAUCUCGGGACAGAACACACUGCUCAAUGCGUCAUCUGCAACCUUUAUUAUCAGCAUGUUCUACUUAAACUCCUGUCUGAAUCCAAUGAUCUAUGCCAUUUUCUAUCCCUGGUUUAGAAAAUCCAUGAAGCUCAUUGUGACACUGCAGAUUCUGAAGCCUGACUUUCAGCAGCCCAACAUAAUGUAGAUUCAACCGUUACUUGUGUUUAGCUAAUAAAAUGUGAGAAAAAUAUGUAUAAAACGUCGUGCUACCUUUUUGUUUUGUUUCAGUGUUAAAAUUGCACUUCAUUGCUCAUUUUAUCACAUUUUCAUUUUGUCAAACAAUUUUAAGCACCACACCAGUCGUCACAUACAGCGCAGGCAAAACUGCAUUUGUGACUUUCUGUUCAUGUGCAACUGUGUGAUUCCCUCAUUUCACUUUUAGCUGCACAAUAUUUAGUUUGUCUCCAAAAAUGUUUAUA